AUGACCAAUCAGAGCGCGGGCUGCAGUAUCUUGCUCAGCUCGUAUUUCGACAUCCUCGCGAUCACGGCGUACUUCCCGCCACCCCAGCGUCACCAAGUGGACUCCUGGAAGGCGACGGUGGCCAAGCUCACGCAGUGGAUCCACCAGACGGUCCAGACCGCCAAGAGGCGCGCGCUGGUGCUCAUAGGUGCGGACACGAAGUCGGGCUUCGGCAAGACGGCGGUGCUCCAGGGGAUGCCCUGCUUCACGGCAGACGACCUGCACAAGGGCAGACAUCAGACGGCCUUCGAGAAUUACACCACGUCCGAGCUCUGGCGGGUCAUGCGCAUGGAGGGCCUCUCGGCGGUCGACGCAUUCUUUGCGACAGGUCUCAUGCCGUUUCCACGGCUGCACUUUGAGCCGCCGCAGGAAGUGGAGCCUCGAUGGGACUACGACCAGGUCGCCGCACUCCUCCAGCCUGAGGGGGGCCUUACUUUCGCGGCGGAGAUGGAGCGCCUGUCCGAGCGCCAUGCGGGUGUUUGGAAGCAGCAG